CCGCGUAAAGUCUAUACGGUGCAAACAACCGAGCUUGGUUUGGCAUCAAGCGUUAACCGUUAGCUAGCAGUUGUUGUUUGCUAGCUAACAACACUAAGCUAGCGCUGUUCCGCUAACAACCUACCGUUAUUUCUGGAUAUGAGGACGAAGAUUAACCUUAUGCUGAAAAAGCACUGAUAAUCUUGAGGAAUCUGACAGGACGUGCAGUAAAUCGCUGUACGAGGUUCAUAAUAACACGUGGAUGUCCUGCUUUUGUUUAGCUAAUGAUAGCGUAUUCGUUCGUAAGUAACCGUUAUCAUCACGUUAGCCGAUAAUAACUAGCAAUGUUAACCUGGCUAACUUCAUUGGUGAUAUUUUUCAAAUGAAUCGUGAAGUCUACCAACUGAUACGGCUUUCACGAGAACGCAAUGGACCUCCACAAAAUUAUCCACAAUGCGCUGUACGAAUUUAUUCGGACUUACAUUCCCGAUGCAGAUCUCAGCACACUAGAUGAUGUUCUUCUGUCUUACAUCACUGGAGUACUGGAGGAUCUUGGCUCCCAGCAGAGUGUUGAGGAGAACUUUGACGUGGAGGUCUUUGCAGAGAUGCUUGAAGCUUACGUACCUGGCUUUGCUGAAAUUGAUAGUGUCAAAGUCUGUGAAAUGAUGUUCAGCCUGGCUUCAAAACUGGCCACUGCUCGGUCCUCAGAAAAUGUGCCUAAGGCAAGGACAGAGGAGAUUUCACUGAAACUCAGCACCCUGCCCACUGAACCUCCUCCAGGAAGAGGAACGCAGUGCCUUAAAACACAGACAGAGGGCGCCACUGCCAAGCUACCAGUGUCUGAGUGGGAGGCCCAGGAGCAACAUCUGCUGGAGAUGUUUCCCAAGUGUAGUCUGUCCGAGGCUCGCAGCGCCCUGUCCAUUGCCAAAGGAGACAUGGAGGAAGCUGUGCGCCUUAUCAUAGAGGGCGACGUCCAACUCAGCCCCACUCCUCUCAAUGUAAACCAUGGGAAGAGUAUUUCCUCACUGGCAGACCAGAAGCUUAAAGAGAGCAUCCUUGAGAAGUACAUGCUGGUGGAUAAUGAGGAUGACAACAAAACACACCGUCCUGUUGCCCCGAAAGAUGCUCCAAAGAAGCUAGUUCGGUACCAUGGCAACCAGGUGGUAACCACAAAAGGAGAGCGAUAUCAGCUUGUCAAGAAAGAUGAGACAGAGGACAUGAAGAAGACAUAUGUCAACCUCAAGCCUGCACGAAAGUACAGAUUCCAUUGAUGACGAGCACAAUACCGUAAGAGCAGCUAUUGAUGAUACUGUUUACACUAUUUUUAUUUAUUAAUUCAUUUAGCUCGGAUUUGUUAGAUUUUUCCCAAGUAAAGGAAAGAUAUUCAUUAGUGUGACGGUGGCUUAUUUUAAAACUUUGUUACCAUUAUAUGCCUUGGUUCAAACUUUACGUGACAGUGUUUCAGUUGCAUCACUUUCUCGAGGAGCUUUUGAAUUUUUGUAUGAUAUUUUGGUGGGGAUGUUGUAACUUGUGUUCUGUGUAACAGCCUAACCUAUAUACUUUUGCCAUCUCAGCAGGUCUGAUGUUGCACUGAUAUUGUCUUUAAUGUUAAUUUUCUUUUUUUAUUUGGAUUUUCUUUAACUUAGUACAGUAUACAUUAAAAACCAUGACAUAAAGUUGUAGAGAUGAACCAACUGUCAUUUCUGUAAAUACGUUUUACUGGUGCUGUAGAGUUUCUUCUGGAGUCUCAACUGCUUUUUAUGCAGAUAUUAAAUCAUCGAUGCCAUUUUCAUUUAAAGAUCUACUUUUACACCAUGUAGGAAUACACUGCUGUUCGGUCGAGCCUUCCCUUUUGAAGGAUUUGUUGUGCUACAAAAUGCUUUUGAAAUGAAACUCUUGACUGAGAGAUGUUUCACUGAACAUCUGUACACUGGGUAGCCACGACAGAUCUCACCUACAGUUUUAAUAUGUGGUUUUCCAUGGUUGGAUACCUGUGAUGUGCUACCGACGUCCAGUUCAUAGCACUUAAGAUCAGGCUCGCAUGGAUUCUGCGGCUGUAGAAUUUCAACGACAUCUCGGCAGAUUUUAAACAAAUAGAGAUGCUGCUCGUCAAACUCAGAACGUGUGUUGUUUUCAGUUAGCAUUGAGAUCAAAGCUAGUGCCGCACUGUGACAAUGUAUAUUUUAGAUUUUAGAUUUUCUGCUUUAAAACCGGAGACAUGCAGUCAGAUGUGCAGUAAAUCAGUGGGGUUGGUGGCUCAAGGCUUCAGUAUUUGACAGCCUGGCCAUGAAACCCAGCAGUGGACUAUCUUUGUCCUGAUUCGUUGACACCCAGAAACAUCCCAGACAGCAAAAUAAUCCGAAAAUACAGGUGGAGUGCGAUGUCUCUGAGGAUGGAGGCACCACCACACACUUCUAGUGAGUCAUAAAGGGAGAUUAUUUUUGUAUGAGUCUAAAUAUUGUCUUUCCGGGAAAUCCUCCUUAGUAUGCCUACAAAUCCCUCCAAAAGUGAGAUUUUCUAAUCUGUCACUACUUAAUUGAUUGCUGAUUAAUUUUCUAGCACAACAAAUUCUCGAGGGGUUUUCAAACUAUUACAGCACUACAGUUUUUGGCAUACUAAAUUAGUGGACUGUGUUUUUUCCCCCCCUAAAUGUUGGGAUAAACAUGCUGCUGGAGGACUUGAUUUCAAAGUUCACUCCCAACAGCAUUAUCUUUAUUUUUGAUAUAGAUGUUUAGAUUUGCCAAGUCUCUAAUCAUGUGUUUAUUGGGAAGAGGCCUGGCGUGUGCUCCAGGGUCUGUUUACAUGAAGCUACUGAAGUGGUCCUCUGCCCCGACUCAUUUCAUGUGUACUGUGUGGAUUUUGCUUCGCUUGUGAUUGUUGGUUGUGGUUUUUUGGUUUUGUUUUUUUACGAUUGGUUUCUUAUUUGACUCUCCUGCCCUAGGAUAAAUGGGUCAGUCUGGUUUUUAUUUUACUAGUUGUUUCUGAUACUCUUGUUUAUGUUUCCUUGUGCAUCCAUUUGGAGCGACUAUAAGCAGUUGUUUUUGAUUGGUGGUAACAUAUAGUUUUCCUGACUGUAAGUGUAACACAAUCAAGUGUUGUAAAGAUAUGUUGUUACUGAUAUUUUGUCAUCAGCAGCAAUGUUGUCUUUAAUUACGAUAUGAUGGUGUUACUGUAGAAAAUCUGUUUAAACAGUCUUUAUCCUGCGCUUUGAGAAACACUGACGCACAAUUUAUACAAAAUAAAUACUAAUUUUUGUAAAUCA